AUGAUGCCCUCUACCUAUCCAACCAUCCCAAAUACACUUUUCAUCCCUCCAGACCAAAAUCCAGCCAUGAGCGAUCAAAUAGACGAGGAAGACCUCACCCGGUCGAGUUUGUGUUGUCAGCCAUUGGCUUCACUGACAAGGCCGGUGGAUGUUCACCAGAUUAUAGACCGCGACCCCCUCGCCAGAGCCUUCUUCCACCCCCCUCUAUUCGGCCCCCUAAUCUUCAACAACGAAUCCUCCGACUGCCGCGACCACUGCGCCAACGAGCGCACCUUUCUCUCUUACCUCCGGUUAUCGAUCUACAUGGCCAUUGUCUCCGUCGCGAUAGUCCUGUCCUUUCAUCUGCGGAAAACAGCGACAGAGACCGAGUUGAGGAUGGCGUAUCCCUUGGGGGCGGUUUUCUGGGCGUUGAGUGUGAGCUGUCUUGGGGUGGGCUUGGCGAAUUAUAUCAAAACGGUGAAUAAGUACAGCAGGAGGGCGGCGAUUGUGCAGACAGGGUGGAAGACGCAGACUGUGAUGGCUUGCAUAGCGCUGUGUAUCGUCGGCGCGUGCGUGUCGUUGUUGGUGAUAAAUAAGUUGAAUGAGGGGGCUGACGAGUGA